AUGGGAAAUCACUAUACACCGGGGUAUGAUAACCUUGGUAUGGGUUGUGAAGGCUCAACGACUCUGUCGGAGAUAAGGAAGGAUUUUGAUUUCGCCAGUCAACAAGAUAAUGCAAUACCAACAGAGUCAAUUUCAGAUUCUCAAUUUCCGCCGUAUUCAACACAACGUGAGGUAGAAAAUAUAAAUCUCACAAAUGAGGCGGUGGAAAAACCUGACGGUAAACGUGUUCCAUGGAGUGUGGAUGAUGACAAGAUGCUUGCAAGUGCUUGGCUCACAAUUUCAAAUUGCAGCAUUGUGGAUAACUCUCAAAAAGAAGAGAGUUUUUGGAAACGAGUCGUCGACUGCUUCAAUGAGAAUCGGAAAUCUGGACCACCACGAAAAUAUAAAACAGUGAAAUCACAUUGGCAUUGGUUGAGUAGGAUGGUUAAUGAGUUCAACCAACAUUACAACAGAUUGGUCGGCGAACAUCAUAGCGGGUGGAAUCAUGACCAGAUCAAGCAACACGCACGUGAGCUAUUUCAUCAGAAUAAUAACAAGCAUUUUUUACAUGAACAUGUGUGGGUGUUGUUGAAAAAUGAUCCAAAGUGGAAGGUAAAUGCUCCUAUGCAGCGUUCUUCAAAAAAGAUAAGGACUAAUGAAAACGGGGCAUACACUUCUUCAUCCAAUGUGGAUUCAAAUUUUGACAUCGAUGAUAAUGAAGCACGUGAAGUUCACCCACCUGGUCAAAAAGCAUCAAAGAAGGGAAAGAGAAAGGCAAAAUCAAAGGUGAAUGAGGAAAAUGUAAGUGGGGAAUUUGAUCAAAUCCGAAAAAUGUUGAUACAGCAAAAAGAAGAAAAAUUGCAAGCUAUGGAAAACUUGGCAAAUAAGUUAGAAAGUUAUAAUUUUCGAAGUGAUUACAAAAUCUUACUCAAGGAUACCACGAGCAUGACCGAUCAGCAGCUUCGAAUUCAUGAGCAAAUGUGCUCCAUCCUAAAAGCCAAAUAUAAUAUUUCUUAG